AUGGCUGCUGAUAAAGCUACCGCCGUCUCCGGCGCCAAUGUCGACGGAGCCGAUGCUCUGCGCCGACGCAAUGUUGCAGCCGCUCCAGGAGCUGUCGCCCCGAGGGCCGAGGCGGACGACCGCAAGAAGGCCCAGAAGCAGGGCCAAUCCUUCCUCCAGAUCCUCGAUGCUUGGGAGCCCGUCAUUGCCUCUCUCCUCUUCACAGGUGUAGCCCUCUUCACCAGACUGUGGAAGAUUGGCCAGUCCAACAUUGUCACCUGGGAUGAAGCCCACUUUGGCAAGUUCGGAUCGCACUACCUCCAGCACACCUACUACUUCGAUGUCCAUCCUCCUCUCGGCAAGCUUCUUGUUGGCCUGUCCGGCUACAUCGCCGGCUACAAUGGCUCCUUUGAGUUCAAGUCGGGCGAGAAGUACCCCGAGGAACUCGACUACACUACUAUGCGUGCUUUCAACGCCCUCUUCGGCGUUGCCAUGGUGCCCAUGUCCUACUUCACUGCCCGCGCGCUCAAUAUGAGCCGCCCGGCUGUCUGGCUCAUCACCCUGAUGGUCCUCUGCGAGAACUCGUACACCACUAUCAGCCGCUUCAUCCUCCUCGACUCCAUGCUGCUCUGCGGUACUGUCUCGACCGUCCUGUGCUGGGCCAAAUUCCACCGCCUCCAGAACAAGAGCUUCGAGCCUGAGUGGUUCUUCUGGCUGUUCAUGACUGGCUUGAGCAUCGGCUGUGUUUCUAGUGUCAAGCUGGUGGGCCUGUUCGUGACUGCCAUGGUCGGCCUUUACACCAUUGAGGACCUCUGGAACAAGUUUGGCGACCUCAAGAUGCCUCCUCUCGAGCUCGGUGCCCACGUCGUGUCUCGUGUCGUGGGACUGAUCGUUGUUCCCUUCCUUGUGUACCUGCUCAGCUUCGCCAUCCACUUUGCCGUCCUCACAAAGACUGGCCCCGGCGAUGCCCAGAUGAGCUCUCUCUUCCAGGCCAACCUCGAGGGAACCGAGGUCGGCAGAAACAGCCCGCUCGAGGUUGCUUACGGUUCCAGGGCCACUAUCAAGAACAUGGGCUAUGGUGGAGGCCUCCUGCACAGUCACGUUCAGACCUACCCCGAGGGUUCCAACCAGCAGCAGAUCACCUGCUACCACCACAAGGAUGCCAACAAUGACUGGUUUUUCUACCCCAACCGCCGUGACCCCGAUUACAACCCCGAGGAGGAGCCCCGUUUCUUCGGUGAUGGUCAGGUUAUCCGUCUGAUCCAUGCUCAGACUGGCCGCAACCUGCACUCUCACGAGAUCGCCGCCCCUGUCACCAAGGCCGACCGCGAGGUUUCGUGCUACGGCAACCUGACUGUUGGCGAUGAGAAGGACCACUGGAAGGUCGAGGUCGUCAGCGAUGUCGCCUCGAGGGACCGCUCUCGCAUCCGCACCCUGACCACGGCUUUCCGCCUGAAGCAUGAGGUCAUGGGCUGCUACCUUCGCGCCGGAAACGUCAACCUCCCUCAGUGGGGCUUCAAGCAGAUCGAGACCACUUGCACCAAGGAGAACAACCCCCGUGAUACCUACACCCACUGGAACGUUGAGGCCCACUGGAACGAGAAGCUCCCUGCGAGCGACCCAGGUGUUUACAAGUCUCCCUUCCUCCACGACUUUAUCCACCUCAACGUUGCCAUGAUGACCAGCAACAAUGCCCUGGUGCCUGACCCUGACAAGCAGGACGACCUUGCCUCUCAGUGGUGGCAGUGGCCCAUCCUGAAUGUCGGUCUGCGCAUGUGCGGCUGGGACGACAGCAUUGUCAAGUACUUCCUGCUCGGCAACCCGUUCGUCUACUGGGUCUCCACCGCCAGUCUGGGCGUCUUUGGUCUCCUGGUGGCCUGGUACCUGAUCCGAUGGCAGCGCGGCUACAAGGAGCUCUCCCAGGGAGAGAUCGACCACAUCCACUACGCUGGUGUCUACCCCGUUAUUGGAUGGUUCCUGCACUACCUGCCCUUCGUUGUCAUGGCCCGCGUCACCUACGUGCACCACUACUACCCUGCCCUCUACUUUGCCAUCAUGUGCCUGGGCUUCCUCGCCGACUGGUUCCUCCGAACCAAGGCCAAGGCCCUCCAGUAUGCGGUCUACGGUGUUCUUUACACCAUCAUCAUUGGUCUCUACAUCUACUUCAUCCCUAUCUGCUGGGGUAUGACUGGACCCAACAAGAACUACAGCUACAUGAAGUGGUUCGAUUCGUGGAGGAUGUCGGACUAA